AUGACGAAGCAAUCCAAAAGCAGCACUCAGGAGUUAACAAACACAUCAAGCCGUGACUCAGGCUUGAAAUCAGACUCCUUUUACAGGUCACGUAUGUCUCCAACGCGGUUCAAGAUCAGAAGAGCUUUACUUACGCUGAUAAACAAGGAGUCGCCGGCUCUUGGAAGGCUCCAGAAGAAAGUUAGGGGCCCAUUUUUGGACUUGUACUUUCUAUAUUCGGCAAACUUGGGGGCACACAUGUUUUACGUGCUGAUGUGCCCGUUACCCGGCUGGUUUGGUCGCAUGUACCUUCUUCGGGAUUCUGUGAUGAUCCUCGGGCUCGGAAUUUACCUCACGGGUGCAAUUAAGGACUAUUUGUGCCUCCCAAGGCCAAAAUCCCCUCCUUUACACCGUUUAACUUUGAGCCAUUACACUGCAAAGGAGUACGGAUGUCCCUCCAGCCACACUGCCAACGCCACAAGCGUCUGCCUGCUCGUGGCAAGUAUGGUGAUAUCAAACUGGUCGAGUUUUGCCAACUGGAGCGGCGCUUUUUGCAUUCUUGCUUUUACUGCAUUCUAUUUUAUUUCGUUGGUCUUUGGACGCGUGUACUGCGGGAUGCACGGAUGCGUUGAUUUAGCCAUCGGCGUGCUCAUUGGCUGGCUUGCGUUUGCCGUGAGGGUUCUCUGGCUUCGUUCCGCAUGGGACAAUCUCAUUUUGAACAAUUCCUCUUUGCUUGUUCCAGUCGGAUUAUCGCUUUUCUACUAUUUUCUCAUCUGGAUCAACCCCCGGCCUUUGGAUCCAUGCCCCUGCUUUGAGGAUGGUGUCUCCUUCAUCGGGGUCUUGAUAGGUCUAGAUUUUGUCCACUGGCUUUUUGCAAACUACUUCACCCAGUACACUGUGCCUGGAUACCACAAUUCCACAGUUCCAUUUGAUUUUGUUCAGCUUGGACUCGCAAAGUCUGUUCUGCGAGUCAUUCUUGGUGUCUUGCUUGUUGUUUCCUGGAAGGUUGUGUCCAAACCUGCUCUUCAGAAAGUGUGCAACUUGUUCAAACCAAGGAAAACCGUUCCUAAUCAAUGCUAUGCCUGCGUUAGUAGGACGGACCGCGAUAUCUUCAUCAGGCUUAUUGUCUAUGCCGGCAUACCUACAAUGGUUGUUUGUGGAAAGUUCAUCUUUCCGCUUUUCGGGCUAGGUGUCAAUUAA